AUGCAGGGCGCCACAGCUAGCCAUCUCUUCGAUGACACCAUGAUGUAUUGGUACCUGAAGCGCAACGUGUUCCAGAGCUUGAGCGACUUUUUUGAGCACAAGGUUGCCUUGUACAUGCGGUUCGAUAGGGAUCAGCUGCGGCAGUUGAAGAGCUGCCAGCUGCAGGUUGGCCUUAUCAACGAAGCAGCGUUCAACCUGGUGAAGGAUGCGGUCAAAGAAGAUCGACGGCUGUUUGCGUCGUUUCCGUUCAUGAAGUCCAAUCCAUUCUGCUGGCAGCCAGACAACUGGAAUGCUAUUACGCACAGGUUUUCCCCACAAAGCGAUGCGAGUGUGACCGCGAAUCUUGUGACGAUGCAGGCUACCAUGCGUUUAGACGAGCUGCUCAACUUGAUAUUUGACACGGAGUGGACAGUUCCACAGGAACCUUUUGCGACCGUCGUCAACCUUAAGCUCAGGACGAAGCUCGAUGACGAGUGCGAUGCCCACGAGGAUCUCCGAGCAACCUGCUCUGCCUGCAGCCAAACACCUUGCCGCAAUGGCGGGAAUUGCACAGACAUGCCUGGCUUCACAUACCAGUGCAGUUGUGCUGACGGCUUUUUCGGAGAGGACUGCUCCGAAACAGAUCCUUUUAGCUCGCCGCGACGGUUGGAAGCUUCUGAUGACUUUGCGUGCAAUGCAACUCAGGCCGAGCCUGAGUAUCCAGAAGGAAAGUUCUGGUGCAAAUGCCGAAAUGGAACCGAAGUGGCGAUCAGGCCGAGCUUAAUUUCCGUCAUCAAAAGUUGGGGCAUCUUCUUCAACUAUGUGCCGAACUUCAACAACAGCUACUCAGAAAUCACAUGCGCUGAUGCGUCGAUGACUGUCAAGACACCUUCCAGCCAAAAUGCCUUCACUACCAGUUUGAGGACGGCGACCGCCCCAAACGCGUCUCAAAACGUGUUGUACAUAGAGCAGAAGAACUGGGGCAGCGGGUUUGCAAGAUCUACGCCAUUUUACUUGAUGCUCUCGGGACUGGCUGGAAUCGAAAGGGUACUUGUGAGUGACAUCCAGGUGCCUGACUCCAAUUCCACCGAUCCCUUCACACUUGAAGUUCUUCGGGGUUUGGACAGCGGCUACCGGCUCAAGUUCGACUUGGAAGAUCCCGGCGACCCUCCUGCAGCCCCUUCGACCAAGUGGAUCUGCCAUGCGAGGCUUUACAACGACGGUAGGCAGUGUGACUGCAGAUGUGGCAUGCCGGAUCCGGACUGUUUCUAUCCCAACCUUCCGGUCAGAAAUUGCGGACGCGGAGAGGUGUGCUCCAGAAUGGGACGCUGCACCACGCCUGAAGCUUCAUCAGGCUUGUCCGAUGCCACGGAGAUUUACCUGUCCGAGCCGUGCACCCAGCUGUUUCUUCCAGGAAGCACGGAUCUGGCUGGCUUCAUGGGUACGGAGGACGAAUACCGAAAUGUGAGUGGAGGUGGCUGUCCCACGUGUCCCUUCGAGCCGGGAAACUUGUACGGAGGGAGUGCAUCCUUGAGUGAACAAUGCGACGAUAACGGACAAUGCUUCCAGGAGUACAUGUGCAGAUACAAGGCCGAGGGCUUCAUUGAUGCCCGCUUGGUCAAGAAAUUGGACGACUAUCUGGAAGGAGCCGGCGAGUUGUUUGACACCACCCAGAGAGGUUUCUAUACGUUGCAGGGGGGAGCUGCGAAUGCCAGCAAUGCUUACAGAGUGGUGGUUGUGAAGUUGGGAAGCAGGAGCCCGUUCCCUCACGGUCUUGAGGUUGCAGAGUACAAGCUGGACAUCAAUCAGGACUGUGGCAAUGUUGCCUGUGGCAACAAAGAGAUCAUUGAGGUCGUCAAAGCUGGAGCACCAGACCGAAGCAACAGACAGGUCUUGAUGGUCAGAGCUUUGGCUCCAAGUGGGUUUCAGAAGCAACACUUCUCUUACGGCAAUGUGAUCUCCGCUUUGUCAGAGAGCUCCACGGAUGUGAUCGUGCAACUGGACAAGGAGAAGUACCACUUUCCUAUCAGUGGCCCAUAUGAAGCACAAUUGGAUGCAAUCGGUAUCAAGUUCCAGCAGUCGUCCCCUACUCAAAGCAAGAAGAUUCAACGCCUUCUGCUGGAGACACCUCUGGAGCUGUCGGUUGGCUUCCACACCAGCAUCGUUCAGGAUGUACCUCCAGGCCUGAACCCUGAUGGGGACUUGCACCCCAAAGCAGCUUUCGACAACGCUGUCACGAUCGCCUCGCACAUUUGGUACGGUACGACUGUGGACUCCACCAUGCUGGACAUGUACAGCUGGGAGUGGCCGACGGUUGACGUGAUGGGCUUGGGUGCCAUCCAAGAGUCCUCUUCCUUGGCCUUCGUCUUCAACACAUCACUGUUUGCUGAUGAGGAUAGAGGCAAUGGCUGCUCUGAGGCCUAUUUGGAGAACGCAUCAACGAUGAAGUGGGUGAAGGUGGACUCGGACUAUGAUGGAGUCGCUGACACUUGGCAGGGCUUGUUCGGCUCGGAGGUCACAUCUGCCAACCUCUGCGAUGGCAUCCAUGAUGGGCAUGCUGUUGUCACAGAUCAAGGGAUUACAGAGGCGCUGGCCGCUGCAAAAGAGCAGAACCUGUCUGUGAACCUUCUUCUCCGAGACGUUACGGGUACGCAAGUCUUGAAUUUCGAGAUUCGACAGGUCGUAAAUGCCUGGAAAUACAGGUCACCGGUGUGGUGGCCCGAUGAUCCGGACAGCUGCUGGGAGGUCAACGACAACAUGCUUGCUUCGGACGAUUGCUCAUGCAAGGAUGAUUGCAGAUGUAUGCCUGGGUGCUCAGAAGAAGACUGUUCCACCGACAACGUCUCCCUACGGAGCUAUACCUGCGCCUACAUGGGUGUAGCGGCCAACAUGACUUCGAGGAUUCAAGUCAAAGGGUCGCUUCGCUGGCUACCAGAGGAUUGGUUGUGUCCUGGCAGUGCGGUGGCCACUGCCUCUUAUUUCGGAGAUGGAAUUUGUGAUUGUGGAUGUGCGCGGUACGAUCCUGACUGCGCCGGGAUUGCAGGAAACCCUCAGGCAUUUGCAGAAGAGCUCGAUGCCGGAAACAUCACCGUGAGGAACUACUGUGCUGAUGAGGCCAUCAUCCUGGGAAGCGAUGGCUGGAACACCCUGGUCACUUCUUCCGGAUGCCAAGGCUUCUUCUUUCUUCAGCUGAAUGAUUCUUCCACUCAUCCUACAAGAUGGCUGCCACGAGGAACAUGUCAGAGGGAGGAGGAGGUCGUUCUGACUCUGGAUUUCAUCGCGACCUGUGCCUUCGAUGACAUGCUGGAGUUGAAGCCGGACCCCUCCGCUAACAAUCCAUUGCUACUCGCCGAAGAUCUCACGAAGCUGGCCAACUGUGCAGAUGCAGACGCAUCAGCGAAGUGCAGCUGGAGCAGUGCCUCUGAGGCCAAGUACCACUGCAGCCUCUCGGCGAGCUGCCAGGCUGUGUAUUGUGAGAGCGAAGAGUGCUACGCUGCCUCCGCCGCAAAUCUAAGUGCUUGGAAAGAGCCGCCAAGCAAGGACGAGAAUUCGACGAAAGCAGAGAAAUCCCACAUGGUGUGGUUCAAGAGUGAUACUUCCUGCCACACGGCGCCCCCUUCCUGGCUCGUGGCCAGCGACUUGCAGUCCUGCACAGAUGCUUGCGAAGCUCGAGACGAAGUUUGUGAUGAGAUUGCAUUGAAUCUGAUUGACACUGAGAAUGAAAUGCAGUUUCUGGCUGGGGCAGUGGCCAAUUUGUCUUGUUCCAGCUACGCCAACUACUCCUUCACCAAUGGGCCUGGCAUCUGCACAAACAACUCAUGUUGUGGUGACGAAUGUUACGGCCUUUGCGUGUUUGGACAUACGGGAAGCAAGCGGAGUUGUGGGACAAGUGAAGCUGACCAUGCAGGGCUUUUGCGCGUUUGCCCCUGUCGCAGACCCAGCCAGGUGCAGGAGACCAGUGUCAACUCCACGAAGCUGUCGGCACAUGUCCCGGAGACACCCUUCUUUGAAGAGGCACGGCCACUCCUUGCAAAUGAGGGGCUGGAGAUCUCCGUGUUGCAGGCAACACUGGCAGGGCAGAUCCCCCUGCACAGCGAUCAAUCGAGGUACAGCCAGUAUGUGAACAUCCGAAACUCAUCCUGGCCGUAUUCUGACAACAGUAGCAACUGGACCACAGAGUGGACUUCUGAACAAGUGGGGCUGAGGGUUCUGUCACUCGACGUUUCUCUGGACGUCAACUCGACCGCGUUGACCUCCAACUGGCAUAUGACGUGGAGGUACGCCCUGCAGACUGGCAUUGUUUCAGCCGCUUGCCCGCCGCGGCUGCUUCUCACGAACUGCUCCUUUGUCCCAGCCUACGUGUUUGUGAAUGGCAACUUCGCUGACGUCAUAUACUUCUGGGCUGUGGCAAAUUCCUCGACGGAACUUGACAGCUGGGUUGCCAGUGACGACGUUGUCGGCCGUACCGACACGUGCUUCGGAUGCAAGAAUAUGACGGGCGCAAUCACGCUUAACAACACAGGGAGCAAUGAGGUGAGCAUCGUCUUCGAGGAAUACGAUUUACCAACAGCUCCCAUUCUGAGUAUUCAGCAGCUGAGCUUCCUGCCAACUUGCCAGGUGGCAGUACAGGAUGUCUCGCGAUAUCGAUUCUGCAAGCCCUCAGAUGCUACUCCAACGUGGGACAAGUCAAAAAUUCGUCAGACUUCUCUCUAUCACUGGCAGCGAGAAAAGUUGGAGGUUCUCGCGUUCGCCGGCCCGGUGCGCAUGAGACACGACCGGGGCACAGUGGUUGAGACUGUGGUCAUGUCUGCGAACAUUACGGAUGCCAACCCGUUGGAUUUUCGCGACCCAGACUUCUUCGAUCUUGAGAAGUUCGGGAUUCAAAAUGAGAGUGAUGGUUCUCGGCUCCUGGCUUGGACAGACGGCCUUACCCCAGGCAUGGUUUCGAGCCUGCAAGAUCCUUUGGAUUUGGAGGCGAAAGGAUCUACCGAGGACCUGCGGACCAUAAGCUCAUUCCACGCGCAGCGUCCAGGCAGUGCAAUGGAGGUGCUGGCACGACUGGCAGCAGAAGAUCACGUGCCUCCGGAGGUUACGCACGCGGAAGUGAUUGAUGGAAAGGGUGAGGUGCGGCUAGUUUUCACUGAAUGGGUUAAAAAGGCCAAGCGUGCCAUGCUGGCCUCCCUCCGAGUUAUUCCUGUUGAGAACAGGCGUCAGACCGACCAAUGUUUUGUUGCGUCCAGCAAGUUGCAGCAAGCUUGGUUGCACGGAGCAUGCGCCAAUUUCGUCGUAGAGGUGGACCUCGCACGCGGCAAGGUCUUUGUGGAGGAUAGCUGUGCGUACAAGCGCAUGCCCACCUGA